CAGAAGAAUAAAGGGACCCCUGUGUCUGUGUUUGUGUCAGUGUGUGUGUAUUUGUGUUUGUGUUUUAACAGUUAAGCGUGAGUGUGUGUGUAGUUGUGAGCUGGUGUGUUUAUGAUGAAGACUCCUGGAGCCGUGCUGCUGCUGCUGUGGCUGGUGGCGUGUGUGGGAGCGGCGGAUCAGUGUCUUCCACAGGUAACAGCAGAGCUAAGAGAAAUGAGCCGUCUACUGGAGCAGCAGAGAGUGGAGUUCACCAACGCUAAAGCAGCUCUGGAGAAGAAGAUACAGGAGACGGAGUUGGAACACCGUUGGACAGAUACCUAUGUUGCCUUCUCCGCCUCGUUUGACAUGAGAGAGGACCUGCACAUCGGCCCCUUUGACAAAGACACCACCCUGGUCUUCAACCACACUUUCAUCAAUGUGGGCAACCACUACGACACGAGCACAGGUGUCUUCACGGCCCCGAUGAAUGCUGUGUAUCAGUUCCACUACCAUGUGUUUGCGGGCGGUGAUCACCGGGCAGGAGCCAAGCUGGAGAGGAACGGGCAGCACGUGGUGUCGGCCUACAACCAUGUGGCACCCCACGACAUCAACACCUCCCAGACCGUGAACAUCGAGCUGCAGGAGGGGGACAAGGUGCGUCUGCGUCUGGAGAGGGGCUGGUGGGUCGCAGCCUACACCGGACACCUCACCACCUUCAGCGGCCUGCUCCUGUUCGAACCAACACGGUAUAACCCUUAAAUGGAUAAUGUGCACCAGGAGAUACAUACAUUUUAUCACUCUGUAAAGAGCAUUAUAAAAAGUUUUUUUCCCCAAAUACAGGUAUUGUUUAUCAAAAGUCUGUUGGUAGGCCUAUGCACUGUAGGUCACAUUACAGUCAUUUCAUUUUGCCUGGUUACAUUUCAAGAUGGAUGAUUUUUUUUUUAAAUCAUGGUGUGUAUGAUGUGUAAACAAAUAAGUUCCAUUAAUUCCUUUAUAAAACUGUUAUAUUAGCUUAAUGUGCAAGACCACCACCCCUCUGCCCCCCACCCACCACUGUACUGUGUGUGAAACCUGUGAAGGUGGUGGAGUUGAUCAGGGGCAUCCAUGGCCUAACGCUUGGGAGUUGGCUUUGUGAUAAGAAGUUUGCAGGUUCGAUUCCAUGGCUGCAAUGUGCUUUUGAGCAAUGUACCUAAUCCCAAAUUGCUCCAGGCACGGUAACCAAAACACUGUGACUGUAAGCCGCUUUGGACAAAAAGCAUCCAGUACUGUCAUACUGGGGUUACAUUGAAUGUGUUACGCUAUACGAUGCGUCAAAUAUACAUAGAAAAGAAUGACCUCUUUUUUUUAAUAUUCACUGCACUGCCAUGUCUGGUGCAGCCAGUUCCAUUGAUUAUAGCGGGAAGCUAACUGUUGCGGCAGAUAAGUCUUUGACAUAAUAAAUCCAGAGUAGCCCCAGAGGACGCGUGAUGUAAUGUAAUGAAGAAGGAUGGUGCAGAGGAUGUGUACUUGCCAAUGUCUUACAAUUUGUAAUCUAAUAUUCUGAAUCAA